GCAGCACCCUGGGAGCGUCAGUUUCAGUGCCAAAUCAACCGAAAACCAACAACCGCAAGCAGCAAUGGCUUUGGAGCGUCAAGUUCGCAUGAAGAUCGCUGGCAAGCGCGACCUGGAGAAGGAUAAGGAAGCCCAGUACUGGGUUGAGGAGGUGCUGGGCGAGAAGUUCCCGGCCGGCGUCCUGUACGAGGAUGCGCUGCGCGAUGGGCUGAUCCUGUGCAAGCUGAUCAACAAGCUGCAACCGGGUGCGGUCCCGAAGAUCAACACGUCCGGCGGCCAGUUCAAGAUGAUGGAGAACAUCAACAUGUUCCAGCAGGCGCUGAAGAAGUACGGCGUCCCGGAUCUGGACGUGUUCCAGACGGUCGACCUGUACGAGAAGAAGGACAUCGCGCAGGUUACGAGCACGAUUUUCGCCCUCGGCCGUGCGUGCUACAAACACGCGGAUUUCAAGGGACCAUUCCUGGGUCCGAAGCCAGCCGACGAGUGCAAGCGGAACUUCACCGAGGAGCAGCUAAACGCGGGCCAGGCCAUCAUCGGGCUGCAGGCCGGCACCAACAAGGGCGCGACGCAGGCGGGGCAGAACAUUGGCGCCGGACGUAAAAUCAUUCUCGGAAAGUAAAAUCGCCACCCGCCGCCGCCGUUGCCAGGCUGAAUGUACGUGUACAAAAAAUCGAAUCACACACACACACACAUCGCGCAUAACACAGCACACGCUCCUCCCAGUAUAGAGGUCCCCCCUUUAGAGAGCCAGUCCCUAGGGACACACACACACACACACUUCUACAUUUAUGUUAGAUAGAGGUGAGCGAGAGAGAGAGAGAGCGAUGGUAGGAGAAACAAUUUGUAAGAUAUUGUCGGCCAAAAGGGAGUCAGCAAAGGGUGGCCGGAAUGGUCUCUGGCCUCUCGAAGCAACGACUGUUGGAGCA